UUCUCUCUGUCUCCCCCUCCCGUUUCUGCCUCUGUCUCUCUCUUUUUUUUUCACUAUUAUUUUCCACUCGCUUCUCGCAGUUUAAAAUGGCGGCGUUGAGCAGCGCCGAGUCCCCACCGCCCGUCUUCAACGGAGACGCCAUGGACCGCGAUCCGGAGCGGGAGAGGGGACUGGGCGAGCUAGCCGCCGGCCUGGAUCCCGUAUGCUCCGGGGGGAUCCCCGAUGGCCACCAGGACAUUCCGGAGGAGAUUUGGAAUAUCAAGCAGAUGAUAAAGUUGACGCAGGAGCACCUGGAAGCUCUUCUGGACAAGUUUGGUGGUGAGCACAAUCCUCCAUCGAUAUACCUGGAGGCCUAUGAGGAGUACACCAGCAAGCUGGAUGCCCUGCAGCAGCGGGAGCAGCAGUUGCUGGAGGCCAUUGGCAACGGAGCUGAUUUUCCCUGUCCCGCGUCGUCGCCUGGUCCCAGUCCCGGUCCCGGACCCGGCCCUGCUCUCCUGGACAUGAGGCUUGGGGGCAUGCAGGGCUUCCCAGCAGCCCCCACCACUUUGGCCGUACUGCCGACACCCACCGACCCCGCCCGCAACAAUCCCAAGUCCCCCCAGAAACCCAUCGUGCGGGUCUUCCUACCCAACAAGCAGAGGACAGUGGUGCCAGCCCGCUGCGGCAUGACUGUCAGAGACUCGCUCAAAAAGGCCCUAAUGAUGCGAGGGCUCAUCCCAGAAUGCUGUGCGGUGUACAGAAUACAGGACGGGGAGAAGAAGCCAAUUGGCUGGGACAUGGACAUUUCCUGGCUCACUGGGGAGGAGCUACACGUGGAGGUUUUAGAAAAUGUGCCGUUGACGACGCAUAAUUUCGUGCGGAAGACCUUCUUCACGCUGGCCUUCUGCGACUUCUGCCGGAAGCUUCUAUUCCAGGGCUUCCGCUGCCAGACGUGCGGUUACAAGUUCCACCAGCGCUGCAGCACGGAGGUGCCGCUCAUGUGCGUCAACUACGACCAGCUGGAUUUGCUAUUGGUCUCCAAAUUCUUCGAACACCAUCCUAUAACGCACGAAGACACGUCCUCAGAGGGCACCACACCCGUGUCAGAGCUCUGUCCCUCCAUGCCGCCCUCUGACUCAACCGGGUCCUUGUGCCAUCCCUCCACCUCCCCGUCCAAGUCCAUCCCCAUCCCGCAAACCUUCCGUCCUGGCGAUGAGGAUCAUCGCAACCAGUUUGGCCAGAGGGAUCGCUCGUCCUCGGCCCCCAACGUGCACAUCAACACCAUCGAGCCGGUCAACAUUGAUGACUUGAUUCGAGAUCAAGGGUUGCAGAGGUCAGAUGGAGCCCCCCCGGGCCAACCUGCUCGCUGCUUGAGGAAGCACCGAACACGGACCUCAAGCCCCCUACUUUACUCCUACCCCAAUGACAUUGUGUUUGAUUUUGAGCCUGGCCCUGUGUUUCGAGGAUCUGCCACGGGGCUCUCGGCCACGCCCCCCGCCUCCCUGCCUGGCUCACUGACCAGCGUCAAGGCUCCGCAGAAGUCGCCGGGCCAGCAGAGGGAGCGCAAGUCCUCCUCGUCGUCCGAGGACCGCAACAAAAUGAAAUCUCUGGGUCGGAGGGACUCGAGUGACGACUGGGAGAUUCCGGAAGGCCAGAUCACACUGGGCCAGAGGAUAGGCUCCGGGUCCUUUGGGACGGUUUACAAGGGGAAGUGGCACGGUGACGUGGCUGUGAAGAUGCUCAAUGUCACUGCCCCCACUCCUCAGCAGCUACAGGCCUUCAAGAACGAAGUGGGCGUUCUCAGGAAAACACGGCAUGUCAACAUCCUGCUGUUCAUGGGCUACACCACCAAGCCCCAGCUGGCCAUCGUCACGCAAUGGUGCGAGGGCUCCAGCCUCUACCACCACCUGCACAUCAUCGAGACCAAGUUUGAGAUGAUCAAGCUCAUCGACAUCGCCCGGCAGACCGCCCAGGGCAUGGACUACUUGCACGCCAAGUCCAUCAUCCACAGGGACCUGAAGAGCAACAACAUUUUCCUGCAUGAGGACUUGACGGUGAAGAUCGGUGACUUCGGCCUGGCCACGGUGAAGUCACGCUGGAGUGGCUCGCACCAGUUCGAGCAGCUCUCUGGCUCCAUCCUGUGGAUGGCACCAGAAGUGAUUCGCCUGCAGGAUAAGAACCCCUACAGCUUCCAGUCGGAUGUGUACGCCUUUGGGAUUGUGCUGUAUGAGCUCAUGUCUGGAGCGCUGCCCUAUUCCAACAUCAACAAUAGGGAUCAGAUCAUCUUCAUGGUGGGGAGGGGCUACCUGUCUCCGGACCUCAGCAAGGUGCGCAGCAAUUGUCCCAAGGCCAUGAAGAGGCUGAUGGCUGACUGCCUGAAGAAGAAGAGGGAGGAGCGCCCCCUCUUCCCUCAGAUCCUGGCCUCCAUUGAGCUGCUGGCUCGCUCCCUGCCCAAGAUCCACCGCAGCGCCUCGGAGCCAUCGCUGAACCGCGCCGGCUUCCAGACCGAGGACUUCAGCCUGUACACCUGCGCCUCCCCCAAGACCCCCAUCCAGGCGGGGGGAUAUGGGGAGUUCUCAGCAUUUAAGUAGACGGAUUCUGCCUGUUCAUCCCUCGUCACUUUAAAGAAAAAGACUUAAAAAAAAAAAAAAACGAAAAACAAAAAAAAAAUGGAAAAAAGGAAAAAAAAGUCUUGUGUUCCUACAGUGGGUCCAUCCAUUACAAACAAAUAGUUACAAAGAAUGUGAUGUUUUCCUUAUUGUUAUCUGAAGAGCAACAGCUGUGCUGGAGCAGCCAAAAAACAGUCUCACUCGAAUGAGGAAGAGAAUAUGGACAAUAUGGCUGAAGGAGAGCGAGGGGCUCCAGACGCUUGGAUGAAGAGCCCCCUCCAACGCCAUCACAAGGCGGAAUGAAGGACGAGGGGAGUCGACGAUGGGCGGGGGAGGGGGGCAGCUCAGCUGUUGCUGGGGAGAUGCCUAAUCUUGUCCCUCCUUCAUGGGGGAGGGAAUGGGGAGAAGUGUCACGCAAGGUGAGCUGGAGAACGGCAGCCAUUCUUUGACCAAUGGCAUUGGAGGGGGAGGGAGAUGCAGCAUUUUUCUGCCUGUUCAUUGGCUGGAGAAGGGUGAUGGGCACAAGUCACAGCCAAUCACAGGCCAUGGAGGGACACGGGCAGCUAAUGCUAAUGGAAGACAACUUGAAUGGUUUUCUUUGUUUCAUAUGGCUGUUUUUUGUCUUCUUACCUUGGUGUUGGGAUUUGGAGACAGACACCGCCGACUUUUAGACCUUGAGUUUAUUAUUUUGUUUGUUUAUCAGGUUAUGUUGUGAGAGAAGAAUGACGAAUUACAUUCCAUCGCAGGCUAAUCACUGCACUUUUGAUGCGCUAUGAAGAAGCUACAGAAUAAGUAACCUGUCUGCUCACGGACGAAGGCUAUCAAGUCUCCAAAACCCCCCACCCCCUGUUUCCCAAAAUGUGCAUGUCAGUCUCUGGAAUGCAUGUUCGCCGUGUGUCUGUGGAGGUCAGUGUGAUAACAGGGGGAGUUUAUGGGUAUGUGAACGUCAGCAGUCUGCCAGCGAGGAGGACCUAUAUCUGAAAGCAGUCUCUCGGUUGUGAAGUUUCCAGAAAGCCUCUGACGCUUUGGCCAAUAAGCAUGAUCAUCCUUCUUGGUCCAUCUGCCCCCUGCUGGCUAUGGUGGGAAUGGAAGUUUGGACCCAGAACAGGAAGCUGUUUGAAUGAGUCUGUUUUAAUUAGUCUUGCUACUGUGAGGUUUACACUUCUGUCACACAUCGUGCCACAAUAAGCCAGAUUCCUUAAUGCAAUGAAUAAUUUGUUUGCGUGUGUCUGUUUGCAAGCUUUUUGUCAGCAGUGGCGUCUGAUCGCCGUGGUUUCCUGCCGCUUUCCGCCAAAUUUAUUUCCUGAUCCUUCAGUGAAAAAAGACAUUUUUGUUUUUGAAUUUUUUUUUUGUCUUGCCCUGAAUUCACAUGCAUCCCACUGGUGUGAUUUCUCGUGGGAGAAGCAAAGUCACAUCAGAUGACUGUUUACCUGUUAAUCUAGCUGUCUGCUGGCCUCGCUGGUGUUCUGAAGGCCCUCGUGGAGAAUAGAUCCCACCCCAAUGUCCCACACCUACAUGUAUUCACAUUCCAGUGUUUAAGGGUCACAGGUUUUUAUUUAUUUAUUUUUGCUUUUUUGUUUUCCUAAGCAGAUUUGUGGACAGGCCGGCCUGAGAAGAUUAGAUAAUAUUAUUAUUUAUGGGAAAAAUAUUUUAAUGAUUGUUUGUUUGAGAACUUUUGUGCUUUUCUUGUCUCCGUAACUGCUUUUCUGUCAGAUGUUUACUUGCACUUUGUAGUAAUGGAUCCAACCAUAUAUGGAACACUUUAAUUUUAUAUGAGCAUCUGUGUGUGCGUGUGUGUGUGUGUGCGUGUGUGAAGCUGCAUCAUUUACUGCUUAGUCUAUGCCCAAACUGCCAUAUUAUGUUGGCAUGAAUCCCAGACCCUCUGUUUUGCAGGAUUUUUGCAUAAAUUCUGUCUGAGACUCUGUUAAGCAGAAGGGGGGGGGGGGCUGUAACAUCAACACCUGGUGUCUUUCUGUGGCACUGUACUGCGUACCUGGGGGGGGAUGUGGAAACACUGGUCUAGCCCCUGCUUAGGAGAGGGAACUUUUGGAUUGGGAAUGUGAGUGAACGUGUUCCAUGUGGGUCCUGUCAGAGCUGAGGUAGACUUCCGUGCCCUUUAGGUAAAUCAGAAUGUAUACAGAUGACUGGCCAUUUAUAUUUUUAAGCGGGCAGGAGGUCUGUCACGGUGGAGGGAAGGUGAGUCAUUGUGGUUGUAUGUUGCAUUAAUUAUAUGAUUAUAUGUGCGUAUGCAGUCACACGCUGCUGGUUCAGUUGCACAGAUGCGCUGAACUUGUUUAGCAACAGUGCAGUUAGAGUGGCAUCUUCACCCCUUUGCUGGUUUAAGGAUGGACGUUUCUUUCUUAAGUCCAGACCCCCAUACAGUGGAUGGGAUUGGCCCCCAGAAUUCAUCACAGCUGGCAGUCAUGUUCAGCUGAGGUGGGGGUGGGCAGUGGAAUUGGCCUAUUCAGAUGUAGGACACACACACACACACACACACACACACACACACACACACACACGGACACACCUGUUCCACUGUGACUCCUCCCCCUACUUGCUCUGAACUUUUUAGCUAUAGGCUACACAUGCUGGGCAAAUCAUUUGUAAAAAUCUGAUUUAGUACUAAACAUCCCCCCAUGCCUACAAAAUCACCAUAAUCUUUAACUGCUAAUUGUCUCACAGGAAGACUGUAACACUGACCAAUAACAAAUAUAGACCAGGAUCAUAACUUGGCAAACUGUAUAGGAGCAGAGAUCAGCUGAUUUUAAGCUGGGAGGGAGCAUUAAACCCCCCCCCCCUCAUAGCUGCAGGGAGAACUGUGGGACACUCAGUGGACAGAUAUGAGAUUAAUGGGGUCUCUGAUGCAGAAUUAUGUUAAUUUAAAUUUACUUUAGUGUUUUCUUUUUUUCCCCUCUUCAGAGCAGCCUGUAUGGAUUAGUGUUAUAUUCAGUUAUAACUGGGUAUUUAGCAACGCCAGUGAAUUUAAAGUUAAUUUGACCUUGGGGUCUCGUCAUCGGCCUGUGCUCUGUGCUGCCUGAGGCUUCUGGCCCCAGUGCCGUUGCUGGAUUCAUGUCCAAAAAUGUUUGAAUUGUACAUCCAAACCUUCUGGUCUAACCUUCACCAGUGGAUCAGUCUGACAGCAAAGCCAGCCCUGCUUCCUGUCAAUGAGAUGCAUGCAGUUUGUUGUAAACCUGCAUUCGGCUGUGUCACUACGCAGGGGGUCAAAGGUCAACUGCUGCGCCCAGAUAAUAUUCGUCCUCUUCCUAGCCUUAUGGGAGGGAUCUGUCAUGACCGUUAAAUCUCCAGUCCUUGUGGCUCUGCCAGGACCUGAUGAAAACCCGUUCCACGCGUGGCCGCCGUUCCAGAUGAUCCAGACUGAAGCCAAAUUCGAAAUAAUGUAGCGUCUCCUGGUCUCCGUUCAUCUAUUGGCUGAGCUGUAACCUAUCGGUACUGAUGAAUGGGAUCUCAGGGUAUUUCCUCGAUGUUUACAGUGAUUGGUCCUUGAGCUAUAGAAGUACCUGGAUGGCCCUUGGACAGCCACUCACGCUCCACGCCGCCCCUCCGAGAGAGUGUGGCGGGGCUUAUGGGUAAUGGCCAGUGGCUCGUCCUACGAAGGACUCUUUGGGGAGACGUUGAUGGCCGUGGCUGUCUGUUCACACGCAACACGUUUUUGUUUUGAAGUCUUUUGUCAUUUUGUUUAUAUAUUUUGUGUUAAGUUGGUGUAGAAUUAGACUUAGUUUUCUUGUUAGCGUGAUGACUGUAAAGGUUGAAUGAACUGAUUUCCCAACUGUAUGAUUGUGACGGAGGAUGGAAAAGAAAAAUAAACACCCCCCCCCCCCCCUUUCGUGAAGGCUGACUCUGCGGGGGGGCCGAGCCACCCGCCCGCUUGCUGCGGUCUGUACGGAAGGCGACGUCCUCGCUGACCUAUUUAUUUUUCGACGCCCCCGUCCGGGCUGCUGUGUGUGACGGUGUGACAUCAAAAGCAUACAAUAUAAUAAACUGCAGAACACGCGGGGAACUUGUGUUUUAAGAUAGCUGUAUUUAUUUUCUAUAAAUAUUUUAUUUUUUAAAAGGAUGUUGUUACAGAGGUUUAUCUUUUAAAGCGAGCGUGAACCAUAGAGAUUAUGGACUAAUUUGGUUUCGACUUGACUGUCAUGUUUGACCCCUCCCUCGCUGUCGUUUUACUCUUUUCUUUUAUUUUUCUGUGCUGUCAUCAUGCCCUUCCUUCACUUUAUGGUCCCUCUCCGUAUCCUGGGUCUGUAUCCACCAGCACCCCCCCCCCCUUCACCUGCCCACACCUCUAACUUCCUCAUCUAAGAACUGUCUGCCACAUUCCCUCAGGGUGGCAGCACUUGUAAAUUUGUACAAUGAAAAUAUUGUCAGUUUGCUAGAAGGCAUGGAGACUAAAACAAUGGAAAAAAAAAAUAAAAGCUUAAGAUGAUAAAGUUUUGAUAGAUGAAAUUCUAAGAAACUAUUUCAGUGUAAAAAUAUUUAAGACUGUAUUAUAUUAAAAGAAAAAGAGGUUAAUGUAUUUGUUGUGAAUAUGAGAAACGGAUAUAUUAAAGUGCAUGAAACAUUGUCAA